UGCAAUCAUCUGAUAUCAGUGGAUAAGCUGUCAUUUAGAGGGUAGUGAAAACAAUCAUCUGUCAUGUCGCAUAUAGUGGAGAAGUUUAACUACUUAAAGAAGCGGAAGUCGGUAAAGUACGGAUUACCAUUCCUAAUUCUGAUAGUCGGAGGCUCCUUUGGCCUUAAACACUUCACUUCCUUACGAUAUGAGUAUUCAAAGAAGCAGCCGGUGGAUCCAGAAGAAAUGAAAAAGUUUGGAGUGAAUAUGAAGAAGCACACUGAAGUCACGCUGGAGAGUGAAUAUGAGAAGAUUAAGGGGAUUGACAUUGACAAUUGGGAGCAGAAGCGAGGUCCUCGGCCUUGGGAGGAAGAACCGCCGAAAUAGUACUUGUUAAAAUAAGUAGUUGUUAUACCCUUAUAGUACGAAUAAUGAUUUUUUCAGCAUUGUUUUAA